GGAGACUGGUAGGAAGAACCGAUAUCAAAAAAACUUGGGUUGACGAGAAUCCGCGGAUGUUCGGACUCGAGUGAAAUGCCGAAAAGUCGUUUUUGAAUAGACCCAAACAAUACGCCAACAUUCCUUCGGAGGGAUUCCCGGAACGCGGGCUGGGGGUUAUGCGGAGACUAUCAAUAGUAACCAGAUUCUAGACCUGCCGACAACCUGGUCUCCCUAGAUCCAGAAACCAACGGACAAGUUCCUUUGGCAAAGCAUGUCAAAGUUGUUUGCGCACGAUCGCUUGAAUCUUUAUGCAUAGAAUAGCAUAUUCAUCUUGUCGCAACCUCCAGAGAAUCACCCAUAGCCAGAGUAUCCCGCACACUAUAGAUGUGCAUGUACAUCGAGGACUUUCAAACGCCUACUACACCAGAACAGCCUGUUACAGAUACCACAUCAAAGUCACCUCUCGAAAUCGCCAUUCUUCAAACAUACGGUAUUUUGCCCUUACCCUCGCAUCCCGAUAAAGCUAUCCCAGUUCCCCGUCAGAUUCAUCAUGGCAGCUCGGUAGCAAAGGAGCGACCGAAAUCGUGGCCUUCGGCGCCCGACACGCUGAUCUCUUCUCGACAACCUGAACGCACUACGGGGAUACCGACGUCCCCCGCCACUUUGCAACCAAUUACCUCACCUUCGGUACUGAUCAAAACCGUGUUGCAAAGGCGUAUGAUUUCUAUAAAGCGGGGUGGUGUGAAGACGUCCGGUCGUGGACGGCAAAGAAGCGCCAGCAUGUUGACUCCACGAUGUAACGCUGUGUCAUCUUGUGGUGUGGUCGUAGAGGAGGAUGAGAGCGAGGAGCACACUAAAUAG